AUGGAGAAGGUUCUCGAUGCGAAUCCACCGAUUAAGUUUUGUAACGAAUGUCUCGGCUCAACAGAUCCAGAGUAUUUGACGUAUAAUUUGGCGAUAUCCGGUGUACUUUUGGCAAUCGUUGGUCUGAUUGGUUUGAUUGGAAACUUGCUGAUUGUCAAAACUUAUCUUCAUCCCGACCAAAAUAUCCAUUCCACUUCAAUAUAUUUGGCCGCGUUGGCGCUUUCCGACUUCUUCCUCAUUCUCACAGCGAUGUUUCUCUUUGUCCUGGAAGCCUGGCGUCAUCAUGAUUAUCCAGUACUUGCUUAUCUAUAUGUCACCGGCGCCCCAAUCAUAUUCCCACUGGCGGCUGUGUUCCAAACCAGCUCGGUGUACUUUUGCGUCGCGGCCGCUGUCGAUUGUUUCAUCAUUGUCGUUCUGCCAGCUUCUGUCAAACAACUCUACUGCACGCCAAAAAGAGCAAAAAUCGUGUGCUCGUACGUCAUACUAUUCUGCAUUGUCUAUAAUAUUCCGCAUUUCUUCGAACUUCAAAAGGUCGCAUGCAUCGAUCCAGACGGCUCGGAUUCCCUUCAGAUCUGUCCAACUGAUUUUCGAGUCAACGAAGCUUACUAUUCCAUUUACUACACAUAUAUGUAUACAACUUUUCUCGCCAUCGGACCAUUAUCCUUACUCAUCUUGCUGAACAUCUGUGUGGUUUUCACAGUGCUCACUAAAGGACCAUCAGAGCCGGGAGGUGACGACGACACGGUUUCGUUGAUUCUCGUCGUGUUCUUCUUCAUCUUCUGCAACUUCACCGCACUUUUGGUCAAUUUCCUGGAGAUUAUUCUCGAUGAUCCAACAAUGCUCGUCUAUUUCGUCGACCUUUCAAAUUUGUUGGUGGUUGUGAAUGGCACCGCAAACUUUUUCUGCUACUUCUUUUUCGGUUCCAGCUUCAGAGCGACAUUAAGAAAAAUUGUCUGCCGCACACCGAUCAAGAAGAGCCAAUCGACUCUGUGGCGUCACAGCGAAGAGCACAAGACCGCUCAUUCUCACGCCCUCAUUUAA